CGCUACACUGUAUCGAUCGAUUCGGUGGGCACAAAUUGCAUCGUGCUGUAUGGAGUCCUUUCUCCCGUUCGCCUUAACGCCACAAACAACAGCUUCGGUCUGUACGGCUGUCCAUUUCGAUUCCAUGACGUGUAGAUUUAGGACGUCUUCGAGUCCAGUAAACCGCUUGCCCGUCUCAUAGCAAGAGCGACGCCGUUGCCCAAUGUCAAUUUGGCAUCCUAACGCUUGGCACACAGUGCAGCAAACAUGAGUUUGCCCGGCUCAUAGUCAACGUGCAACACACCCCGGCAAAGCCCAUGAUGGUGCCUUGCUCAUCCGUAAAGCCUGGAGCUGCCAUGGUAUCCGUUCACCCUGAAAGGCUGUAGCUCAUUUCACAAAAGCCAACAUGGGAGGCGGAUCGCUCUUCCAGGUCGGAGAGAAUGUCGAGUUCUGGCGAGUGCUGGUGCAGUUGAGUAUCCUGGCGUUCAGCCUCGUGCUUUUCGAGAAAGCGUUGCAUCGUAUGGAGCUCAAAUUUCCCCCUUCUGACAAAUACCAGCACAUGCUCAAGAAAGUUUAUCGAGAACUCAUGGUCUUGGGUUUAAUAAGUCUUGGACUCAAGAUCUUGAAGGAGAGCCCCAAUAUCGACAGCUACAGCAAGACGAUGCUGGCGUUCCAAGUGGCUGACUUAACCAUCUUCUUCCUGGCACUGGCGCUUAUCGUGCAGUCCACUGCCGUCUUCCAACUUCUGCGUAAUCAGAACGACCGAGCCGAACGCGCAGAGCUCAUGACAACUCAAGAUCUCGUUCAUUUAUUGAAUGAACCCAAGGACUCUGCUCCUUCAUCCGCUCAAACGCUACUCUGUUGUGGUCGAGCAGCUAAGAAGAAGAACUAUAGCAAAAGACUCGUGGAGUUGCGUCUUCUUCGACGUUUGUUUCUUCGUCGCUUCGGAUUCCCUCAGCUCUUCCCGUUCUCCAAGUACUUGAGCCGAGCUCAAGCCAACCAGAUCUCCCACAUGAUCGAAGUUGAGCCAAUGAUGUGGGUCGUGCUUCUUGCAGUAGCCUGGGCGAUCUGUGGGAUCCUCAACGUUCUUGAGGCACUUGAUGCAGACAUACCCGAGCGUCAGGAACUGGUCGAGGCGUUUAUGUUCGUCGCGUGGAUCUUGUUGCUUGUCCACCUCAUGGUUUUCCUCUUCUUCCGCUCUUGUGUUCACUAUCUCCUUCGUGUUGCCGGGUUCAAUGAUGACAAGAAGAUCCUCAUUGAGAACUUAAAUACGAUAGCUCAAGAGGAAGGCAAAGCCUGGCAGAAUCAAGAAGCAGACAAGGCGUUGGAGAUCAUGAGUAGCAUCCAAGAACAACACGAGGAGUUCGAGUACCAACGCGUUCGACGUCAACGCAAACUCCUUCAGCAAGGCCUCUACCACCGAACAGCAGCGACGAUGGGUAUCGCACACAAGAGUUCGGAGAAGCUGAGUGAGAGUAUCAAUGGCGUUGUACCGGACUCCCCAAAGAUCGACAUUCGGUUCUUCUCGUACAAGGCGUGGCACGUCUCGGUCAUUCUCCUACUCGUUCUUAAUGGGUUUCUCAUCACGCUGUUCGUGCAGUGUGCAGUAUACGAUUUGGACGAGAUCUACGAAGAUUUUGGCGCAUUAGCAACGGUUCUGGUCCCGCUACCACUCGUUCUUAACGCGUUGUACUUCCAGCGUCACAUCUUUUACGACUUCGUCGUUGUGAGUAGUACGGUUCGCAUUGACUCACAUACACUCAGUGAUGUGGUAGAAAACUUCAGGGAGAUCGUACAGCUACGUUCGGAGUUCGCAACCUCACUGCAUCAACACAUGAUGCAACAUGAACUCACAAUUGAAGACCUUCAGGAAGAAUUGAAGGCACGAGACGCUACUGGUACCGGGUACAUCGAAGUGGACGACCUCCGAUCUGUACUGGGGAAGUUUGGUUUUCGCUUAACACGUUAUCGUUUCAAUAGUGUCGUGAAGCUACUGUUUGAGCUUCAGGAGACGAUGGUCUCGUAUGCUCAAGUGGUGCGUCUAGUGGUGAUGGCUCAGAGCGAGAAUCUCGUCGAAACUUUACCGGUUACUCAACAUCCUGCACAUCCGUUGCUGCGACCAAGUGUAAUGGUAUACGACCAUGAAGGGCAACCCAGCAUGCUCUCUCAGUCAAACUACAACUUGUACGCAUCAACGCGACAGCUACCGAUGCUUGGCGAGUCGAGUGUGGGGGCAGAACCCAAACCAGACGAUUUUGUGAAGAGUGCGGUGAGUAGUUUUGCUCUUCACCCGAUUUCACAGCGCGGUGUCAACCCAAACACGCAGUCAGCGAUUGUGCGGCCUAGUGUCAGCUCUCAGGCACUGCACGACAUGUUUAACCUACACGGACUACCGGACGCGCGUUAACAUCCGUCCAUAUCGUCCAUAUCAUACUCGGUGGGAUAGUAUAAAUAUCAAUGUGCUUGAAGUAAAAUGCCAUAGCUAGAUACUUAUGUAUCCAAAAUAUUUCUUUAGAGAUGUUG